GUAAAAGGAGAAUGAAAAGGAACAUGUAUAUACAAAGCCUACGCAAUCUUUUGAGAAGCUAAACAUUAACAUACGCUAAUCUAAACCGUUCAAUGUCAAGUGUUUGUGACAGAUAUGUUACUUUAAUAUGUUUUUUAUUUCUUUUUAUUCAGCGCCUUUAGCUAAUAAAUUCUCAUACUUCCUGCGGACAUAAUGGCAGUCAAAAAAUUAUCAACCAUGGCCCACAUAGACUCUUCUUUUCUACUAAACGUCCAAUAUAAAAGCCAGCAUAAAUUCUAAAAAAUAUUCAGUUAGGACGUUAGAGUCGUAGCUAUUUAUCUUAGUAUCCACAUUGCAAAAUGUUUGCUUGGUAUGUUUGUUAUUUAUUCGCUGGAUUCUCUAUCGGAAUAAUUUAUCCCACAAGUUGGGCAUUCGUCUGGCGACGUGAUGCAUCCAAUACUUUGGAUUCUGACGAGCCAUUUAUAAAUCUAUCUCAUCUCGAGCAAACCAUGUACGGAACUCCAAGCAAUCUGACCGGUAGCAAAGUCGCCGAGUGGCAGGAAGAAGCUGGAGUUAAUCCAGAAGAACUUGGUGAGUAUGCCGAAGGUGAUAUACUUUUUCCUAUGUCUGUUUCUGGGAGAAGUGGACUUGCUAGCAGCGCAUCACGUUGGCCUGAUGCUACUAUUCCUUAUAUGCUCAGUCCCUGGUUCAAACCAAACCAAAAACAACUUAUCAUGGAAGCCAUGGAAGAUUUUCACAGGUAUACGUGUGUAAGGUUUGUACCCCACAAUGGGGAUAGAGAUGACUAUAUACGAAUAACUGCGGGCAAUACUGGCUGCUGGUCAAGUGUAGGUAGAAUUGGAGGCCGUCAGGAUGUUAAUUUACAAGUACCGGGUUGUGUUAUGAAAAAGGGAACUGUUAUUCAUGAAUUGAUGCACGCUGUGGGUUUUAUUCACGAGCAAAGCCGAUAUGAUCGUGACGAUUUUGUUGAUAUUCAGUGGCAAAAUAUCAAACCAGGGAAUCACAUUAAUUUUCAAAAAGCAUCAAAAGGAACAACAAAUCCAUUUGGUGUUGGCUAUGAUUAUGGUAGCGUUAUGCAUUACUCCAAAGCCGCAUUUUCCUUAAAUGGACAACCUACUGUAAUUCCUAAAGAAACUAACAGUGGAAUAUUUGGUGGAUUAGAUGAAAUAUUUUUCAACUCAAAGCCAUCUUUGGGUCAGCGCGAAGGCUUUAGUAAAAAGGACAUUAAAAAAAUUCGUAAUAUGUAUCAGUGCGAUGGUAAAAAAACUCGCAAUGCACGCUCACGGUAUCCUCUCCCUUAUCAAAUAAAUUUAUUUGAUUUGUUCUGGUAAACUUUUUUUUUUAAUUAAGUUAAUUAUAUAUUUUAUCCUAAUGCACAUCCUUAUGCAUCAUCGAGUGUAAUGAGUGUCUAUGAUCGACCGUUACAUCCUAAAAUAGAUAAUUAAUCAAUUAUUAUGCCAAAGUCAUUAAUUAUAGUAAUAUUAAUAAU